AAUCACCCUCAUAACCUGCAGUGCACGAACGACCCGUGAAAUUUCCAAAGACAACACCGCAAUCAUGCUUAUUCCACGGGCUGAUCGAAAGAAGAUCCAUGAGUACCUUUUCCGCGAGGGUGUAGUGGUCGCACCAAAGGACUACAAUCUGCCUCAGCACCCGCAGAUUGAGACCAAGAACCUCUAUGUCAUCAAGGCCCUUCAAUCUCUGAACUCGCGCGGCUACGUGAAGACCCAAUUCUCAUGGCAAUGGUACUACUACACUCUCACCCCCGAGGGUCUUGACUAUCUUCGUGAAUGGCUUCACCUUCCUGCCGAGAUUGUGCCCCAGACGCACAUUAAGACGCAGCGAUCACACGCUCCCCCACGCGGCAUGAUGGGCGGCGAUGACCGGGACCGACGAGGCGGCGGACGUGGUGGCCCACGCGGUGAUCGUGAGGGUGGCUACCGAAGACGUGAGGAAGGCAAGGAGAGCGGUGCUCCUGGUGGUUUUGAGCCAGGUUUCCGCGGCGGAUACGGACGUGGACGUGGUGGUGCGCCGAGGGAGUAGAUAUCUCAUCAGGGAAACUUCUCUAUUCGGGCGCGGCUACGGCUGUGCUUGCCAGGAUUGCGGGGUACGAACGAGAUCCUGGAUCGGCUCGGCGAAGAGAGCGAUAUGUUGCAGGUUGAGAGAAAAUCGUGGGUCAUGGAGUUUUAUAAAAGCAACGAUGGCAUGGCUCGGCUUAGCGGCAUGGGCUAAGGCGGAGCAAAUAUAAUUCUUCGAGCAUGCUUGCGCUUACAUUUCCUACUCUUGACGUGACAUUACUCUCAUUUAGAGCUUUGAUUGAUCAUGUGCAUCCUCGUCGUCAAGUUCUACCACCACUUUCAAAACCAAUUUCCCGUUCUCGUCCGUCGUUUUUCCUGCCAUCUUGAAUGCUUCCUCUAUACGCUCAAAGCCUUUGAAGCGAUGUGUGACCAUUUUUUCGAACCUUGGCACACCCUCGCCACCCUCCCUCAUCCGCUCAGCGUUCCGCAGUAGUUCGAUGCCCGUGGGAUACGUGUUUGCGUAUCUGAACACCCCA